AUGGAAGAUUGUUACUGCAACCUUGAAGUUGAUGUUAAUGGAGAAGAAACCUUCAUGGUCAAUAAGACUAUUGUUACUGAGUAUUCAAGAAAAUUGGCUAAAGUAUUUGGAAAAUCAAGUGGUUGUAGUGGAAAGCUUAAGGUAAUAUUUCAUGAUUUUCCGGGAGGCGCGGAAGGUUUCGAGCUUAUGUUAAGAUUUUGUUAUAACAAUGGAAAUGCUGAGUUAAGUCCUUCGAAUCUGUUACUCGCGCGUACUGGUGCUGAAUAUAUGGAGAUGAAUGAAUCUGUCAAAAAUGGUUCUAACUUAAUGGAUCAAACUGAAAAGUCGCUUAGAGGGAUUGGUUAUUGGUCGUGGUCGGAGAUUUUGAUUGGUUUGAAGCAAUGUCAGAGUUUACUAGUUGAAGAUUCUUCUGUGAUGGUAGAGAGGUGUAUGGAUGCUGUGGUUGGGAGGUUGGUUUUGGCUAGUGAAGCAAGCCCGUGUCCAUCGAGUUGUUCUAAUGAUAGUUCAGGGAUUCGGUUUUCGUGUGACUCGAAAAGUACUGAGAGUAUUAAGACGAGUUUCACUCGUUCCACAUGGUGGUUUGAAGAUCUCUUGUUUUUGACUCCCCCGAUGGUUCUCAUGUUGGUAAAAUCGAUGCUUUCGAGUAAGUUGGAUCAUCAUGUUAUAAGCAGGUUUCUUCUCUUUUAUCAGAAGGCGAAAUUAUCGAAGGCUUCUACAGAUGAGAAAUGCAAAGUCAUAGAAAUGGUGAUAGAUAUGCAUUAUGAGAUGGACCCGAGUUCUGUUUCUCUCAAGACAUUAUUCGGGAUUGUUCGGGUAACUUUGUGUUUGAACAUAAGUAAAAAUUGUAGGAACAAGUUGGAGAUUAUGAUUGGUUCGCAAUUGGACCAAGUAACCUUGGACAAUUUACUUGUUCCAUCUCCCUAUGGAAUAAACUACUUAUAUGAUGUGAACCUUGUUCUGAGAUUUUUGAAAGCAUUUCUGCGCCAAGGAAACGGUGCGGCCGCUCCCAUUCGGAUGAGGAAAGUUGCUAACUUAAUAGAUUUGUAUAUAGCUGAAAUAGCUCCUGAUCCUUGCUUAAAAACUUCCAAGUUUUUCGCUCUUGCCACAGCUCUGCCAGAUUCUGCUAGGGAUUCUUGUGAUGACCUCUACCAUGCAAUGGACAUGUAUCUUGAGGUUCAUACUCAAUUAUCACAAGAAGAAAGAAUAAAGAUAUGCUGUGGUUUAAACUAUGAGAAGCUUUCACCUCAAGCAUGCUUACACCUUUCAAAGAACACAAAAUUUCCAUCAAAAUCAGCAGUUCAAGCUCUCAUAUCUCAGCAAUCUAAGCUCAAAAACUUACUCCAAGCUACUACUCCCAUUUCAACUCCAUACAGCGAUUCAUCGUGCGCUUCGGCUCAAAAGAAAGAAAAAGACAAUGAACAAGUUGUGUUGUAUGCAAGCAAUUUCGAUACUCCACCUGAUAACGAGAAACUCAAAGCACAUUUGCAAGGAAUGCAAUGGAGGGUUAUGGAGUUAGAGAAAAUCUGUAGGAAAAUGCAAACUCAGAUGGCUAAGAUGACAAAAUCAAAAGCAUCUAAUAGUUAUGGUAAAUCUUUGCCAAAACUUUGUUCAUGA